UAUUAUUAAAAAAAAGACAUAAAAAGGUUACCGGUAAUUGUACAAGUGACGCAUACAAAUAACAUGUAGAUACGCAUUUUCGUCGCGCGAUAUCGAUGCUUCCUUCGUUAGCUAACGGGACAAAAACGAGUUUUAUAUUUGCCUUUCCCUUCCUACCUGCGCCAAAGUAAGUCAUACACGCGAGAGAAUCGAAAAUAUCCAGCUGUAAACAUCGAUCCUCGCCUUACGCAAUUUAAUAAAACGUUUCUAGAGAAUGAACUGAUGUGAGUAAUAGUUUUAUAAGUAGUAUUAUUUGAAUCGUGGAAAACUAAUAAAUAAAUGGCAAGCACUGACGACAUAAAAGAAUUUGCCGUCGUUGAAUUUCCUGAAGAGGAAAUCAAUGGAACGAUGCCAUUGGCGAUAAUAUCGAAUGCUUGGUUGGUAGAGGAAAACAUGGAUAUGAUGUGUUGGUGGCCUUCAUAUAUCAAGUCGGAUUCAGAGCGUGAAAAAUUGAUUGUAAAUAGGACACCGCUGGAUAAAUCCAAGUGCGAUAAAUGUUUAGUUAACGUCAUUUAUAGUUCAAGUCACUACACGAAUGCCCUUACAAAACUUAAUUUUUUAUCGAAACGUACAAACGUUCCACUUAUUUAAACAAAGUAGAAAGUUACCUUGAACAACAAAAACCUUAGAUUGGAUUUAUUCACCUUCACCAGUUUGAAAAAAUGACCUCAAGACGUCUUUUCAAAGAUAUUUUAUGGGAAAUAAAAUAAAUAUUGUGAUAUUUAUAUUGUAUAUGUUUCAUUUUUUGUAUAAAUAAAGUUUUUUGUGUGAAAUUAUCGAAUAUACAGGUUCCCAUUGCGUA